CCCGGGUCCCAAGGACGCACGACAAAAAGAGCCACCUGGAAACUUUUUCUGGCCUGCAGCCCGGCGCUGGGUGCCCCGCGUGGGGGCGGGGAUCAGACCCUACCCUGAGGUUCUCCUGCUGCGCAAGCGAACGCAGGGGAAACUGGGAAUGGCGUGACUGUGAGGCGCGCACAGUGGCCUAGAAAACAUCAGAUUCCCUCCGACGGAAAAUACCAGAUGUGUCCUAGGGCGUCUGGAAACGGGCGACAUGGCGCAGGACGUAGUGACCCUUUAACAAGAUCUCUUUUGUUCCUAUUUCUCUAUUCCUUCUCCUUUCCCCAAGCUGUGCUCGGCCCUUCCCCACCCCUCGUGGCGGUCGCCCCUCUUCCCAGUUUUCUCCUCGCGCACCUUUCCCUCCGUCCUCCCGCGCGCGCCCAACGGCGGCACCGCCCGGAAAACCGAACUGGAGACUCCCUGGGAAUGUCAACAGACCCGACCGAGCCCGGGAGGCCGGAGAUCCCGCCGCGCCUGCUCCUGCCCCGGGAGCUCCGCGCCGUGAACUCCCACGCCCCUAGCGGCCGCCCCUGGAACCUGACUCGCAGGCCGGCCGUCGGGACUGACUCCCUGGGGCUGCUAUGAGGUCAGCGAGGACCUUACGCUCCCCAGGCCGCUCGCUCCCGGUGCUAGUCCUCGUGGGGCUCCUGGCUGAGGCUCUUGGCGAAGAUUUAAUUUUUCACCCUGAGUGGGGAUUUGAGUCGUAUGAAAUCAUCAUUCCCAAGCAGUUGAGCUUCCGGGGAGGGCAGCAAGGCCCGGUCAAGCAAGUGUCCUACCUCCUGCAGGUUAAAGGCCAGAAGUAUGUCCUCCACUUGUGGCCCUGGAGGCUUCUGUUGCCCCGAAAUCUGAAGGUUUUCUCCUUCACGGAACAAGGGAAGCUCCUGGAGGAUCACCCUUACAUACCCAGGGAUUGCUACUAUAUAGGCUUGAUCGAAGGAAAUCAGGAUUCCGAAGCUACUUUCAGUAUGUGCACUGGGGGUCUCCGAGGCAUACUGAAAAUUUAUGACGAACGUCACCAAAUGGAGCCCCUCAAAGCCUCUUCCAGUUUUGAACAUGUCAUGUAUCUCCUGAAGAAAGAGAACACAUUUCAGAAUGAGGCCUGUGGCUUAACUAAUGACGAACUAGAAAAACAGAUGGCCCAGGGUGAGAAUAUGGCUAGGCUUAGGGACUUUGCUGAAUCCUAUUCCCAUCAGAGGAGAGUGAUAGGAGAAUGUUUAAUACCCAGACAGGGAGAAAUAGCACCAGUUACCACUGGAGCUCAAUAAUCCAAGGCGAAAAAUGUCAAGAACCCAAACAGGUAAUCAGGCAACCCACAGUCAUUUUACAACACAGAGCCAUACACUCAACAAACUUAUUCAUGUAGCCAGACAGCACUUUGUUCUCCUUCCAGCUCCUUUUUUACAUAAUUUUCCUUCGAGUUUGGAUCAGCAGAUAAACGAUAUUCUUGUUUGGGAAACGAA